AUGGCUACGCUCUUCACCACCACUCGUCCUUCACUCCUCUUCGUUCCCUCCGUACACAGCACCUUCCCUCCUUCCACCUCCCUUAAACCCAACUCCCUCUCCUUCUCAUCACCCCACCACCGUCCCAAACCUCUCCGGUUCUCCAAAACCCGAUCUUCUCCUUCUCCUCAGCCCUUUGAAUCAGACUCCGAACCGGAAGGUGGUUAUUCAGUUACAGAAGAAUGGGGCGAGAACCCGGUCGAACCGUUAUCUCAGCUUGCGUCUUCGAUUUCAGACGAAUGGGGGGAGAAAUCCGAAUCCGUAGCCGUGGAGUCAGUGACCACCCGGUUCGCGGAAUCGGAUCCUCCGAGGGACGAGGACGAGUGGGAGGAGAGAGAGGUUGUUGGUGGUGGUGGUGAUGGAGUGGACAAGACUUGGGAGCUGAAGAGGUGUUUGGCUGAUACUGUUUACGGAACUGAAUUAGGGUUCCGAGCUGGAUCUGAAGUUCGUGCUGAGGUUUUGGAGAUUGUGAAUCAGUUGGAAGCUAUGAAUCCUACUCCUGCUCCCGUUGAGAAUCCGGAGCUCCUCGAUGGCAAUUGGGUUUUGCUGUACACUGCCUUCUCUGAGUUGCUUCCUCUUCUAGCUGCGGGUUCAACACCUUUGUUGAAAGUGAAGAGUAUAAGUCAGUCUAUAGACACAAAUAAUCUCUCUAUAGACAACUCCACUACUCUCUCCAGCCCUUUUGCAGAUUUCUCAUUCAGUGCUACUGCUUCUUUUGAAGUUCGUAGCCCUUCCAGAAUUGAGGUUUCUUUCAAGGAGGGUACGUUGAAGCCUCCAGAGAUCAAGUCAAGUGUGGAUCUACCAGAGAGCGUGGGUGUGUUUGGGCAGGAGAUUAACCUCUCGUUCCUGAAGCAAUCUUUGAACCCUUUACAAGAUGUGGCAGCAAACAUUUCACGGGCAAUCUCUGGUCAGCCACCUCUCAAGCUUCCGUUUCCAGGAAACCGGGGCAGCUCUUGGCUCUUGACCACUUAUCUCGAUAAGGAUCUCAGGAUUUCGAGAGGAGACGGUGGGCUUUUCGUGCUUGCUAGAGAAGGAAGCUCUCUGCUUGAGCUCUGA